GCCCUGAAUGUGUUUGAAGGUUGGGAUCUGUGAACUCCCAUUUGAUCCUAUCAGUUCUGAGGUCGCUGGAGGAGCUGGUGGAACGUGUGUUAUUCGUGGUUGUGUUCCUAAAAAGAUUUUGGUGUAUGGUGCUUCUUUUGGUCCUGAACUGGAGGAUGCAAGAAAUUACGGGUGGGAACUGAAUGAAAUAAAUUUCACUUGGAAGAAACUUCUACACAAGAAGACAGAAGAAAUAGUCAGAUUGAAUGGAAUCUAUAAGCGCAUGCUUUCAAAUGCUGGAGUUAAGUUUUUCGAAGGAGAGGGAAGAGUUGUAGGUCCUAAUGAAGUUGAGGUGAUCCAAUCAGAUGGAACAAAAAAAAGUUAUUCUGCAAAACAUAUUCUAAUUGCGACUGGAAGCCGCGCUCAGCGUCCACAUAUUCCUGGCCAGGAAUUAGCCAUAACAUCAGAUGAGGCGUUGAGCUUGGAUGAGUUGCCCAAGCGAGCUGUUAUACUUGGUGGAGGGUAUAUUGCUGUUGAAUUUGCUUCAAUAUGGCGGGGCAUGGGUGCAACGGUAGAUUUGUGUUUCCGAAAAGAACUUCCUUUAAGAGGUUUUGAUGAUGAAAUGCGAGCAGUAGUUGCAAGAAAUCUGGAAGGCAGAGGCAUCAACUUGCAUCCUCAGACAACUUUAACCGAGCUGGUCAAAACAGGAGACGGUAUAAAAGUUCUCACUGACCAUGGUGAAGAAAUAAUUGCGGAUGUCGUACUUUUCGCCACCGGCAGAGCUCCUAACACGAAAAGGUUAAAUCUGGAAUCCGUAGGUGUUGAGCUUGAUAAUAGAACCCGAGCUGUGAAGGUUGAUGCUUAUUCCCGCACCAACAUAUCCAGCAUUUGGGCCAUUGGUGAUGUGACAAACCGAAUGAAUCUUACUCCUGUUGCCUUGAUGGAAGGAACUUUUUUUGCUAAAACUGUGUUUGGUGGACAACCUGCUGCACCUGAUUAUGGGCAUAUUCCUUGUGCUGUGUUUUGCAUACCUCCACUGUCGGUAGUUGGUCUCAGUGAAGAACAAGCUUUAGAGGAGGCGAAUGGUGACAUUUUGGUUUUCACAUCAACAUUUAAUCCAAUGAAGAAUACUAUCUCUGGACGUCAAGAGAAGAUGGUAAUGAAGCUUGUGGUUGAUGCUGAGACUGAUAAAGUCCUUGGAGCUUCCAUGUGUGGGCCUGAUGCACCUGAGAUCAUGCAGGGCAUUGCUAUUGCGCUCAAAUGUGGAGCAACCAAAGCACAAUUCGACAGCACGGUUGGAAUUCAUCCUUCUGCUGCUGAGGAGUUUGUGACGAUGAGGUCUGUCACAAGGCGGGUGAUGGAAGCUGACGGACUGCGGCGGUUCAUGGCAGAGAUGCAGGGGGAAGCAAACUCGACGGUGGAGGGCGCGCAGGGCCUCAUCGAUUUGACGGGCUCAAGCACUCACACUUGUUUCAUAGGCGGGGGAUGA